GGGACGGCGCGGCGGAUCGGCGCUCGGCGCGAGCGCCGGCUGACCUCGGAGCGACGCUGAGCCCCACGCCGAGCCCCACGCCGUCAGUUCCUCAGAGUCCAGUCGGCGGCGAGCGGCCCCACCCUGGUGCCGAGCCCAGAGGGCGCGGGCUGCGAGGCCGCGUGCGUGGCGGCGCUGCGCGUCUGCUGCUUGCUGCUGCCGCCCCCGAGCCGGCGCCGCCUGCAGCUGCUGGCGCGCAUGGCGGCACGAGCCAUCGCCAACGGCCGGCUCCCUCCGCUGCACGCGACGCGGGGCACACGGGCGCACAUCGUGGAGUCGCUGGCGCCGUGCGUGCUGCGAGCGCGCGAAGGGGAGGGCGCGGAGGGCGACGCCCUCGUGUCGGCCCGGCUCCUGACGCUGCUCGUGGAGAACCACGGCGAGGCGCUGUUCAGCAUCCCCGAGCCGCUCGCCCGGCUCGCUCGCGGCGAGAGCAGCGCCGAGCGCACGCCUCCACGCAUGCAGGAGCUUCUCGAAGACCAUGCCCCCUCACCGAUCCGGCUGAGGAGCCACGCCCCUUCACCAGUCCGACCAAACACGGGCUCGAGUGAGCAUCCACGGCGGAGCGUGAGCGACGGAUCCGUGUCUCCGCGCGACAGACGGAAGCGAUCGCAGGAGUACCCCGCCUCCCCUCCUCGACUCCAGCAGCUGGACGCGCAGAGACCCCGCGACGCCGCCAAGGGCCCUGCUCGCACUAGGCCGAGCAUCAAACCGCCGCUGCUGCUGCUCGCCAUGACCAAGCCAUUCAAGCGCAAAAGCUCCCUUCGCUGCUGAGUGCCGCUGGGAACCUGGCAGCUGUGACGCGGGACUUGGGACCAAUUCAAAGGACAUGGGAUUUUUUUUUUUAUUGAGACAAAAGACUUGGGGCUAAAAACCUGUGAUAUAGGACCUGUGAUCCUGGAUCUGGGAAUGGAGACUUGGGUUUCAGCACAUCGGGCCUGAAGCUUUGGACCAAAGAUCUGAAACUUGGGACCAGGGCUUAAUCUCGGCACGGUCUGUCUGGGUCGGCGACUCGGGAAAUAUAUCCACACCCAGCACUCCACAUUCAGAAUACUUUUUGCUGUGGCUACUAGUCAUGUGCUCUCGUCUGCGAGCGAAUAUUCGGUGAGAAAUUUAUAUUUGCUUAGGAUUCUGGACUUGGAACUGGGAUUUGAUACUCGGUAACUUGUGUUCUAGGACACGAUACGUCGGUUUCAGCAUGUGACUCAGAUCCUGAGACGAAUUAUGUGGUACAUGAGAAUUGGAAUUGAAGAACUGGGAUUUUGGACCUGAGCUUUAGGAUUCAAAGUGUGGGAGCUGGGAAUUAUGACCCAGGAUUUGAAACUCAGGGCCUGAGAUUUGGGUUGCAGAACCAAGAACGUGGCAUCUGUAACGGAGUUGUGAAGCACCUGUGACUCAGAAACUUGGGAUUUAGCCAGAUAGCCCUUCCCUCGGAAGCAAGAACAGCUGUGCUGAUCUGACAUUGUCCUUAGGAUAUGUUACUUAUAUUAGAAGUGUGUUUGUAUCUAAAUUCUGUUACUUGAGACAUGAGACCUGCAGCUCGGUUUUUGGAACCUGUACCGGUCUCACCCUGUACCACCCCCAUUCCUCCCCCCACACUCCCGCCCCCCCCCCCCCCCCAAGCCUUCUCGUGUCUGAGUCGUGGGUGAGCGGGUCCCACAGACCAAGACACGCAGACAAUUGUUUACUCGGGGGGGGGGGGGCUCUUCGAUUCUCAAACCCUCUCUAUCAGUUCUGGCUGUCGCUGCAGUGUCCCAGCGUCGUUUUCGGCGGUAUAAAGCGUUGAGCCCUCCGAGUGCCGUCCGUUCAUCUUCAGCGCUGCACUCGACAAAGAUGAAGACACGCGCCCCUCUGGCCGUGCGGACUGUCUGGGGCAAGGAGUGCUGUUGACGAGCAGUGAAUGAGACGCACACCACACGAUCACGCGAGGGCAAGCGGUGGUCUUGCCACUCUAGCCAAAAUGUUUUUGGGGUGGGGUGGGGGAGCUGCUGGCCCCAUUUGUCAUGCUAUACCUGGGUCGGGGAUCAGCGGCACACUGCUUUGCACACCGCAUUAUAAACCUGUCGACCUGAGUUUGCUGCCAGCCAUUUACGACAUCUGAACCGGCCCUGGUGAUACCCUGUCCCCCCCCCACCUCCACCAACAUUGAGCAGCGUGGUGAAGUAUGGUCAAACAACCGCCAAGACCGUACCGCCGUACGGGAGGCCUUGAUCCAGCAGUGCAUUGCCGAAGUGGCUGUCAUAAAUGACUGCCCAAAUUAUCGGCAGACUGUGAACUUUAGCGACAUAUAGAGUAUAGACUGUACAUGCAAGUAUAUACUGUGUGUAUAGAGUAGGCAUGUUAAAGAUACACCCGUGGCUCACGAUACGCGUGUGUGUGUGUUGGGGUUGGGCGGGCCUGGUGGCUGAGAAUACCAAGCUGCAGCCAAAGGAUGGAACGCGCCUGAGCGACUUCCCAUCGCGGAGACGGCGCGGUGAAAUCCGCUCGUGCGCAGGUGCGCUAGGUGGGUUGUUACUCCGUGGGGAGCGGUGGCGUAGCGGUUAGCGCCGCUGCGCUUCGAACCCGGCAACCCGAGUUCGAUUCGUGCUGCACGGCCAACACCAGGUGACGAUUAUCUGAACCGGUCCUGGGCGUCCUCUAGGUCGAUUCGACUGAAUGGGUACCUGGUGCGUUUGCCAUUCUGGCCUUCAUAGGUGCUCGCUAACAGCACUUGCCCCAACAGUCUGUUAAUCCGUACGGGGGGGGGGGUGUCUUUGUCUUUGUUACUCUGCAGGACAAUGAGAGACCGUGACGGUUUGGGGGAGGCCUCCAUCCAGCGGUGGACUGAUCAUGGCUGAUGAUUGUGAAUUGGGGUGUGCGACCUUUCUUGCGACCUCUGCGCGUAUCGUCUAUUCCACACACUCCACGGUUGCCAAUGUGAGUCAUUGACUCGCGUGCCCAUGGGCGAAAAUGACAAUUUAAUCAUCGAAUUAUUAACAGGAGAUGCAGCGGCGUAAAUGAGUCAAGUUCACGUCCGAGAAACCGAGCAGGGCUAUCGAUCCCGCUCGUUAUCCGUUAUCGGGUUGCAGGCCAAAGUGGUGGGCAGCAGAGGGCGGUGCAGCAACCGGUCCAUUGUGCUGCACUUUCUAAGCUUUUUAAAAAUCUAGAUUGAACACUCUCUUCCGUAGAACUGCUUUUUGCGUUUAGUUUGUUUGGCCUUCAACCGCAACCUCCAAUUUGCGCGAUUGGCAACGUACGGUGCGAAAUACGUUCUAUAAUACAUGCUAAUUAUUAGCAUAGUACGUGUAUGAACUUCUUUCGCACCGUACGUAGGCAACCGUGCUAAUCGCAGGUGCGCGGGAAGGACAACGAACGAAGCCUUAAACAAGAAUAACGAGUUUAUCUUCACGAGAAGAAGCUUUUGUUGCCUUGAGCGAGUCGAGCACAGCGGUACUGUACUUCAAUGCCCCCGUGUCGAUACGCUCUGCCUUCGACAACCCACGGCUUGAGCAGAGAUGGGCAAAGUGUGGUCCAGUGAUCCCCAUGGCUGAGGUGGCGUGGAAAAGGUGUUCAUCAUCCAUCAACGGAUUGACAACAAGUAUAACCCGUCAAAACAAAGUUUUUAACUAUAAAUCCUUUAUAUGCGUGGCGGCUAGAGUCCUCUCGUCCUCUGGCUUGAGAUGGCUGCCACCUAUGGGUCAGAUGAUUGCAUUGCACCAUUAAGCAAUUGGUAAUUAAAUAUAAUAUUUUUGUCCUAAUAAGUGUAAAAUUUUGGAAAAAAAUGCUCACGAACAUUAAUUGUCACGCACAACGAGUCUGUUUGGAAAAUGUCAGCUCGAUUGGAUCACGGGAAGUGGGUUAAAAAACGACCGAAUGAUUUGCACGGUCGUAAGCAAGCAAGCGAACUUAAUAUAAAGGAUUUAAUAAAAAGGGCUUUUCAGACCUCGUCUGGAAGUCCGUUUCAGACGCCGUCACGACGACCUCAACGGCGUCGCUGUCAAAAAAUAGAACCGUGGUCAUCACCACGGCUGCAUGAUUAUCAUCACGACUGUCGCCAUUUGUGGUAAUAAUGGCUGUGGUAAUUGUCAUGAUCAAUAAUGCUUGUGGUAAGUGUCAUUCAUGGAUAUUGUCAUAACUAUAAUGGUAGAAUAAUCAUGGUUAUGGUAAUCGUCACGGUUAUUAUAGAAAUCUAUCGAUAAUGAUCAGUGAUGUAAUAAUCAUGGUAAUCACUAUGAUGGUUAUCAUUUUCAUGAUCCGUUCCCAAUAAUAACAGUCACGGCUAUGAUCAUGAUAAUUAUCUGUGAUGCUAAUCAUCAAGCUUACGAUAAUCAGCUUGUUGGAUAUAAUCAUUGUCAUUGGUUUCCUGGUAAUCGUUGUGCAAAGCAUCAUGAAUGUUUAGCGUCAUGGUCCACAUCAGUCGAUACUUGUCAAUCAUCGUCAAAUUAAUAACCAUUAAAGUGCCUUACACGUGUUUUAUUAUC